AUGCAGAUCACAGGCAGUCAGUGCAGCACGGUCGGCCCCCGCGCCUUUGCGGCGUACCUCGGUUGUAAGUUUGAGACCGCAGAGAAGACCCCCUGUGGCUGUAACGUCCCUACUCUCAUCACUAAGGACUUCCAGGUCAAGCAGAUUGCUGGUAUGCUGAAGUAUCUUGCUCGCAAGUACGGCAAGGUCGCCAGCCUCUGUGGUGUGACACCCGAGGAGGAAGCGCGCGUCGACCAGUUCGUGGCCGCGGCUGCCCGCAUCCAGUACCUUUGUGCCGGACUGGUGGCGACGGUCUAUUGUCCCUCAAACAUCCCCGGCUACAACGCCAAGGCACAUGCCAGGGCUCUCGAAAUGGUCAAGCAGAACCUGACAUGCAUCAAUAAUUACUUCCUGACCCGCACUUUCCUAGUCACCGAAAGGCCGACUAUCGCAGACUUUGCUAUGUUCGGAGCCCUCGUCCCGGUUUAUGGGGCAGUAUUUACCAAGGAAGAAGUCAGUGCAUUUGUCAACCUGACCAGGUGGCUCAAUACCGUGCAGGCCCUCUCUGGCGUCUCGUCAGUCGUUCCAAAACUCAACCACGCUAGCCAUUCUAUUCCGAAGAGUCCCGAAGAAGCUAAGGCUCUCCCGCCUCCUGGGUCCUGCCACGAUGCCGGCAAGAAAGCCAAGUCGGAGGAGGAUGCGCAGGAGGCCCCUGCUGCCCCGAAGAAAGAAGACCCGUAUGCAGCUCUGAAGUUCGACAUGUAUGCUUGGAAGAAGCACUACAAGAACCUCGACUGGGACAACAAGGAGAAGUGGGAGCCGUACUUCUUCGAGCACUACGACCCGAAGGAGUAUAGUCUUUGGAAGUGCACGUACUACGAUCCAUCGAAGUUGGAAGAGGACUGGAAAGUCAAGAACCUCAUCACGGUUUGGCUCCAGCGCCUCAGGGGCGAGAAGGCAGAUAGACACACCUUCGGCAACGUCCUUGUCACGGGCACCGAUGACAAGCGCAUCAACAUCAUUGGCGUAUUCCUCUUCCCUCUGGACACGGUUCCAGCGGAGAUCACCGAGUGCGGCGGGUCGGCAAGCUUUGAGUUCACGAAGCUCGACCUCGACAACGAGGAAGACAAGAAGCUCCUUGUGGACGUCUGGUACUGGAACGAGGAGACCGACAUCGUCCACAAUGGUCAGGUCUAUGGGAAAACCAUCGAUGGGGAGACUUGGCACUAG